GAGAGGCGUUUUUGUUUACAUCUUGAGAGGAAAUUAAUCUACAUUAAAAAUUUUUGUUCACAUGACGGCUCUUAGCCGUUUUUAGGCAAACAAUGCUGCCGCGAAUUUUCUUCGUCAAUAAAAACAUUUUUAGAUUCCUCUUAAGUAUAUUAUUUUCCUUUUGUUGAUUUAGUAGUUCAUUCGUUGUUUUAAUAACAUCAGUCCUCACUUUUGUUGUUCAUACAUUCCAUAAUUUAAGCGGUCUUUAAUUUAUACGUAUUUUUCAAAUGGCUGCAAUUCACCACGAAGUGAAAUUAUGUGUUCUAGGGGAUUCUGGAGUUGGAAAAUCCAGCAUAGUGCAGCGUUUUGUGCACAACACGUUUAAUCCUUCUGUAGAGAGCACUAUUGGAGCAUCCUUCAUGACAAAAUGUCUUCUUGUAGAUGACUGUACAUUUAAGUUCAAUAUAUGGGACACUGCCGGACAAGAACGAUAUAGGUCUUUAGCACCAAUGUAUUAUAGAAAUGCUGGAGCUGCUAUCAUUGUAUAUGAUGUAACAAGUCAUUCAACAUUCCAGUCUGUGAAAGGAUGGAUCAGAGAACUACAGCUACAUGGUUCCUCUGAUGUUGUUAUGGCUAUUGCUGGAAAUAAAGCAGAUCUUGAUGGUCGACGAGAAGUAACUUAUAAAGAAGCUAAAGAAUAUGCAAAUUCUGUGAAUGCAGCUUUUGUUGAGACCAGUGCUUUAACAGCAGUAAAUAUUCAUGAAUUGUUUAAAGAAAUAGCUAUAAAACUGCCAAAAAAAGUUUCCAUAGAAAAGCCAAAGCAUGAAAUUAAACUUGGCGCCGUUGAGAAGAAGAAAAAGUGUUGUUAGAUCAAUCAUGCAGUUGCUCUUUUGGUUUUUGUUAUUGGGAAAUCUAUCCAAGAUGAUUGUUCUUUACUCAUGAAACAUUUCAAUUUUAUUUAAUAUGAUUUAUGUGAAUGAUGACAUAUCUGUUUAUUCCAGAUCAAUACGUGUUUUUGAACUUCUAUACAAAAUAGGACACAAUUUUCUAUGUUAAGAAAUGAAUUUUACACAUAAUAAAGCUAUUUAUUUUUUUG